AUGGACUACGACAUGAACGACGUGCAGUAUUCGCUGAUCCUGAGCAACGAGAUCGCCACCGUGGCCACCGCCCUGCGCCAGAACUCCAAAUGGGCCUUCGUGGCGUCGCGCUACGACGACGAGGAGCAGCUGGACGACCCGCUGCUGGAGGAGUUCCUGUCGCUGCGGCAGAAGGUGAUGUACUGGGGCAACUGGGCGCUGGUGGACCCGCUGGAGUACCUGUCGCCCUUUCUGGAGGCGAUCAGGAGCCAGGAGGUCAGCGGGCCCAUCACCAGCGUGGCGCUGUCCUCGCUCAUGAAGCUCCUCACCUCCAACGUCAUCAGCCCCGCCACCACCAACUCCGCGGAGGCCAUCCGGCGGAUCGUCUCCUCAGUGCGGGAGUGCAGGUUCGAGGGCACGGGGUCCUCUGCGGACGAGGCGGUCCUGCUGCGCAUCCUGCAGGUGCUGGUGGCGGCGGUGCGCAGCGACGUGGGCACCCUGCUGGCCGCGCGCGACGUCCAGGACAUUUUUCUGACCAUGAUCCAGUGGUGCGAGGUUGGGGAGGGCACCCCGGGCAGCGAGGUGUCCGGCGUGUUCACGCAGUCCUCGCGGCAGCUCCUGGGCGAGAUGGUGGGCGCGCUGUUCGCGCGGCUGCGGCUCAGCAGGAUGGGCGAGCUGGGCGGGGUGGACGCGUGCAGGGGCAGGCCCAAGGGGUCGCCCAUGUCGGGGUCCAAGUCCGUGAACAGCGACAUGUCCAAAGGCGGCCGGUCGGCCUCCGGUCACUCCGCCUCCAAGUCGGACGCCAGCGCGGCGUCCGCGUCGAUGGGCGCCCCGCUGUUGAUGUUCGGGAUCGAGCCGUUCUGGGAGAUUUUCCGCUACCUCAUCUCGCUGGCCAGCACGGAAUCGAGGGGGCCGGGCGCGGACGACGUGGUGCUAUUCGCGCUGCAGCUGAUACACACGUCCAUCGUGAGCGGGGGCGAGGCGCUGGCGGACCACAGGGGGUUGCAAUGCAUCAUGCGGCAGCACCUGUUCAUGGCCCUCACGCGGGCCCUCAGCCGGGGACACCAGUCCAUCCAGUCCGCCGUGUUCCAGGUGGUUCUGGCGAUGUACAAGCUGUUUGGGGACCGCAUCCUGCUCCAGCUGGAGUGCUUCAUGCAGAGCUCCUUGCUGCGCCUGUGUGAGGGCAAGGGCUGCCAGAGCCAGGAGCACCAGGAGGUGGCCCUGGAGGCCCUGCUGGACUUCUGUGGCUACCCUGGCUUCCUACACGACAUGUACCUCAACCUGGACUGCCGCGUGGAGCGUUCCAACCUCUUUGAGGACAUCUGCUCCCUCCUGUCCAAAACUGCCUUUCCCGUGAAGUCGCCCUUGGGUGCAAUCCACAUGAUUUCCCUGGAGGGCCUGCUGGCGAUGCUGUACUCCCUCUCGGCGCAGUGCUGCACAGAUGGCACCACGGCCCAGCUCCCCCCUGAGCCCAAGGCCGAGCUGCCGAACUACAUCGACAUCUGGGGCAACCUGCUGGAGGGCCGGUCCCCAGGCCUGGAGGUUUUCAUCAACGAGGUCAGCACCAGUGGCAGGGACCAAGUGGACGCUGGUGUGCAGCUCAUACGCCUGGAGAAGGCGAUCAAGAGGCGGGUGUCAGUUGCAGCAGACCACUUCAACAAGGACUUCAAGAAGGGUUUUCAGUACAUGCAAGCGAUGAAGCUCCUGCCAGACAAGGAGGACUGCACGGCCAUCGCGCACUUCCUGCGUGUGUGCCAGAAUCUGGACAAAACCAUGAUUGGGGAGCUGCUAGGGGAGAGCGACGAUUUUUACAAGCAGGUGCUGCAGGAGUUUGCUCAGUCGUUCAGGUUCCAGGACGUGCCGUUCGACCUGGCCCUGCGCAUGUUCCUGGACACGUUCAAGGUCGGCGGGGAGGCACAAAAGAUCGACAGGGCCAUGGAGAACUUUGGCCGAGUGUAUUACAAGACUCAGGUCAAUGGGCUGAUGGCGAGCUCUGAUGCUGCCUUCACCCUGGCGUUCUCCAUCAUCAUGCUUAACACUGACCUGCACAGCAGUGGUGUCAAGAAGAAGAUGACCAUGGAAGAGUUCGUGAGGAACAACAGGGGGAUCAAUGACAAUGAGAACUUCCCCAGAGAGUUCCUGGAGAGCCUGUACAGGUCGAUCAGCCAGAACCCAAUCAGGCUGCAGGACACGUCAGCUGGCGAGGUGCCCAUUGUGCGGUGGCUGGUACUCGACCAGCAGAGCGAGACGGAGAGGGGGAGGAUGCUGCGUACCAAUGACAGGGAGCUCAAGGGGGGCCACGCUCUGGACAGGGAUAUGUUCAGCCUCAUCUGGGGCCCCACUGUGGCUGCGGUAUCUGUUGUCCUGGACCAGGCUGAAGAUAUCACCACUGUCCAGACGGCUUUGACAGGUCUGAAGUUGGCAGCCAAGAUCGCUUCUUACUAUCGUGUGGAUGAGGUCAUAGACAGUCUUGUCGUCACCCUGUGCAAGUUCACCAUGCAGCUGGCACCUGGUGCCAUCAAGCCCAUGGUAAAUUUUGGCCACAACAGCAAGGCCCAGGUGGCCAUGGAGACAGUCUUCUUCGUGGCCAGCAGGUAUGGAGACAGUUUGAGGGCUGCUGGCUGGCGCAGCAUAAUGGACCUGGUCGUGCGGCUUUACCGCCUUGGUCUCCUUCCAAACACGUUUUGGCAGGAGGCCAAUGGUUUGCCAGAGGAAGAGGGGAGAUCGCCUGAAACAGAAUCGGUCAAAAUGACCUCUGACUCAGGGGAUUUGAGCAGCUAUGCCACGACCAGCCUCUCACGCCUGUUCAUGUCUGGCGGCGCUGAGAAACAGUUGACAAGGGAAGAACAGGAAGCGCAGGAGCGCACUGUUCGAUGUGUGGAGCAUUGUAGGAUUGAUGAGCUCUUUCUGGAUACCAAGUUUCUCCAACCGGAGCCACUCCUGGAGCUUGUCCGUGCAGUCACCUGGGCCUCAGGGAGCGCGCCACGCCAAAUCAACGACGAAAAGACCUCUGUGGUGUGCCUGGAGCUCAUGUUUUCAGUCACUAUCCGCAAUCGCGAUCGUAUCAACAAGCUGUGGCCUCUGGUCCAUGACCACCUUAAAUCGGUGAUCAUCCCUUCAGACAGGCCUAUAUCCAAGACACUGGUUGAGGCAGGUGUGCUGGGGCUGCUCCGCGUUUGCCAGCGAAUCCUUGUCUACAAGCCUGAGGUUGCGGACUUGCUGUUGACGAGUCUUCAGUUUGUGCGCAAUUUGGACUCGGAGAUGAUCAGGGAGAUGGCAGAGAAAGUAGCGACGGAGGUGUUGGCUCUCAUCAAAGGUGCCGCCUCAUUCAUUCACCAGGUGAGUGCCUGCACUCAGCGAGUGCUGAGUGGCGCAGUGCUGAUCUUGGUUUGUGCCGCAAUGGCAAGGGUGCAGGAUUGGCUGUGA